AUGGCAGAUAUUGAGGCUGCAGUGAACGCAAAGGACAACCAAUUGUCCGGCUUCAAAUGGUUUCUUGUCUGUGCUUGCGUUUAUGUCUCGGACUUUGUCUACGGCCUCGACACUACCAUCGCAGCCGACAUUCAAGGCGCAGUAACUCAAACUUUUGGAACUGUCGAUCAGCUUGCUUGGCUCGGCGCCGGAUUCGCCCUCGGUUCCACUGCCGUCAUUCUUCCUGGCGGUGCCUUAUUCAACUCAUUCGACCAAAAGUGGUUAUAUAUCGCCGGUGUAAUGCUUUUUGAAGUGGGCUCUGCAUUGUGCGGCGCUGCACCAAACAUGAAUGCUCUCAUUGUUGGCCGUGUUAUAGCUGGCGCGGGAGGAACAGGCAUAUACCUUGGAACCCUCAACUUCUUCUCAUCUCAUUUAGUAUCGCCUGAGCAACGUGGAGCUUACAUCUCCGGCAUCUCGAUUGUCUGGGGCCUCGGCGCUGUACUUGGUCCCGCUAUCGGCGGCGCUUUCAGUAUUAGCAAAGCAACUUGGAGAUGGAGUUUUUACAUCAAUUUAGUCCUUGGUGCAAUCGCUGCCCCGAUUUGGAUAUUUCUGCUGCCAUCUGUACAUCCCACUAACGGGAUCUCCAUCAAACAGCGCCUGCUUAGGUUGGACUUCCUCGGCUUCUUACUGAGCGCCGGUGCUUGGACCAUCUUCGCAGUUGUCUUCAUUGCUGCUGGCAAUAGCUGGGAGUGGCAGGAUAAACGAACGAUUGCACUCUUGGUUGUGUGCGGCGUCCUAACGUUAGCAUAUAUUUUCCAACAGUAUUCUUGCUUUCUAACGACGCCUGCGACACGAUCGUUCCCUGGUCACUUAUUGCGCUACAAAUCUCAUAUUCUUCUGGGGACAAGCACGGCAUGUGCUAUUUCGAGCCUCUAUGUCCCGGUGUAUUACAUUCCCGUCUACUUCCAGUUCGUGGAAUCCGAUUCGCCGUUGAAAGCUGCCGUCCGAAUUCUACCCCUUGUUCUCGUUGCCGUUGCUGUCAGCUUUUCAAGUGGCAGUCUUCUCGCGAAAGUCAAGUUUUAUAAGCCACACUAUCUUGUCUCUGGCGUUUUGAUCACUCUAGGUAGUGCGCUGUUUUACGUCUACAUCGAUCCAUCCACAUCACCAGGUGUUAUAUACGUCAUCAGUGUCGUGAUGGCUCUAGGAAUUGGUCUCACUUGGCAAAUCGGAUACACCGUUGCUACUCUCAAGGUAUCGCCUGAAGAUAUUGGGAAUGCCAUCAGCCUCCAGAACUUGGCCCAAAUCGGUGGAACUACAGUCGCCUUGGUCAUUGCGGGACAGGUUUUCCAAACCGCUGCUUUCUCCAAUUUGAGCAAAGCGCUCAGCGGCCAGGGAUACAGUGCUGCGGAAAUUCAUGACGCGGUGGCAGGAGCACAGAGCGCCUUACUAAGUCAAUUGGAAGGUGAACUGAGAGACCAUGCUUUGCUUGCUAUCACAGACGCAAUCCGGACCAGCUUCAUUCCAGUUAUCACGGCUGGCGCACUAAUCUUAGUCGCGGGCGUGUUCAUGGAGAUGGAAAGGCUUUUCAAAUAA